AUGGCGCCUCCCCCAGCAGAAAAGGAGACGCGUAUUGCCAUUGUCAACUCGGACAAGUGCAAACCGAAGAAAUGUCGUCAGGAGUGUAAAAAGUCGUGUCCCGUCGUUCGUAUGGGCCGACUGUGUAUCGAAGUGACGCCCUCGAGCAAGAUCGCCUUUAUCUCGGAAUCGCUCUGCAUCGGUUGUGGUAUCUGCCCCAAAAAGUGCCCCUUCGAGGCCAUCAACAUUAUCAAGCUCCCCACCAACCUCGAGAAUGAGACCACACACAGAUACAGCGCCAACUCGUUCAAGUUGCAUCGUUUGCCCACGCCACGUGCUGGUCAGGUUCUCGGCCUUGUCGGCACCAACGGUAUCGGCAAAUCGACAGCGCUCAAGAUUCUUGCAGGCAAGCAGAAGCCCAACUUGGGUCGGUACGAUGACCCUCCCGACUGGCAGGAGAUCCUCAAGUAUUUUCGUGGCUCCGAGCUGCAGAACUUCUUCACAAAGGUACUCGAAGACAAUAUCAAGGCCCUCAUCAAGCCCCAGUAUGUUGACCACAUCCCACGUGCCAUCAAGGGCAAGGCCAGCGUCACCCAGCUACUCGACGGCAAGCUCGAGAAGAACAACAAGCAGGAGGUGAUUGACAUGCUCGAUCUCAAGGAGGUGCUCGAACGAGACGUUCAGAACCUGUCUGGUGGUGAGCUUCAACGAUUCGCCAUCGGCAUGUCGUGCAUCCAGAACGCCAACGUAUACAUGUUUGACGAGCCCUCAUCGUAUCUCGAUGUCAAGCAGCGUCUCAAUGCCGCACGAAUGAUCCGUUCCCUGCUUGAUUCCAACACGUACGUCAUUGCCGUCGAACACGACUUGUCCGUCCUCGACUAUCUCUCCGACUUUAUCUGCUGUCUCUACGGUGUUCCGUCCGUGUACGGCGUCGUCACGGUGCCCUCGCCAGUACGCGAUGGUAUCAACAUCUUCUUGGAUGGCUACAUCCCCGCAGAGAACAUGCGUUUUCGUGAAGAAUCCUUGUCGUUCAAGAUCUCCGAGACUGCCGAGGACGAGGUGCUGGACAGGACACCCAAGUACAUCUGCCCACCCAUGGCCAAGACGCUUGGCAACUUCAGCCUCAAGAUCGAGGGUGGUGAAUUCAGCGAUUCCGAAAUCAUUGUCUUCCUCGGCGAGAACGGUACUGGUAAGACGACGUUCGUCAAGAUGCUUGCUGGCAAGCUCGAGCCCGAUCCGGGCGCCAAGAAGCCACCGCAGCUCAACGUUUCGUUCAAGCCCCAGACGAUCGCACCCAAGUUCCAGGGCACAGUACGCAUGCUCUUGCUCAAGCAGAUCAAGGCUGCUUUCAUGCACCCUCAAUUCCAGACGGACGUCGUCAAGCCCAUGUCGCUCGAUGCCAUUAUCGACAACGACGUCCAGACGCUUUCCGGUGGUGAACUGCAGCGCGUGGCUCUUGUGCUUGCGCUCGGUAAGCCCGCAGACAUCUACCUGAUCGACGAACCGUCGGCCUACCUCGACUCGGAGCAGCGUAUUAUCGCGUCGCGCGUCAUCAAGCGUUUCAUCAUCCACUCACGCAAGACGGCUAUGAUCAUUGAGCACGACAUCAUCAUGGCCACCUACCUGGCCGACCGUGUGAUUGUAUACGAAGGUCAGCCAUCGGUCAAAGCGACCGCCAAGCGACCCGAGUCGUUGUUAACCGGUAUGAACAGCUUCUUAGCUACUCUGGAGGUGUCGAUGCGUCGCGACCCCACCAACUACCGUCCACGUGUCAACAAAUUCAACUCGAUCAAGGACAAGGAGCAGAAGGCCGCUGGUCAGUACUUCUUCUUGGAGGAUUAA